AGACUUACUUAGUUGUAUGAAACUUAUAUAACAAGAUGUUAUCAAUCAUGCACAAUAACGCCAACACAAAUGCCAAUAACUCUGGUCAAGUACCAGAUCAACAUCAACCGCAACCACAAUACAAAAACAGUUUAUUACCAUACUCCGUAGUAUCACAACCUCCACAACAGUAUUAUCCUACCAAUAGAUAUAACUCACCAUCUCCAACCAUAGUAAACCAAACACAGUCACCACCACAAGGAAAUGGGUUCAAAUUACCUUCCAUUCAUUCAUUAGACAUCCCAGCAUUUCCAACCACAGCCACAAACAGUACUUCACAACCAAUGUUCCAACAAAAGUCUGGGUUCCAUCACUUACCUCCAUUCCAAUAUGGUAACAAAUCACCAACCUUGUUGAUCCCAAAACAAGAACAACCACAAAGACAAUUGAUGAGCCCAGUUGCAUCACCAUAUUCCAAUAGUUCAGACAUAUUAUCCAGAUCUAGAAGUAGUUCUGAUCCUAUCAUGAAACCAGAGGUUAUCAUGUCAUCUCCUUCUCCAUUAAAUCAAAGUUAUUUACAACAAGCACAACCACCAGUCAUCAUGAUGAAUAACAGUAACGGUACAACUCCAUUCACCAUGAGUUACAACAACAGUGUUAAUUUAAGUGAACCUGAAUCUUCAUCUUCCCAUGAUGAAAUGUCUGGUUCCAACACCCCUAUUACUACUGCAUCUUCUUCACCUACACAGGCCAAGCGUAAUUGGAAACCAAGAAAAAAGAGACAAUGUCCAGAAUGCAAAUUAUUCUUUUCCAAUUUGGCAACACAUAAGUCCACUCACUUGAAACCAACCAGCCGUCCUCACAUUUGUAAAUACUGUCAACGAGGAUUUGCUAGGCCAAAUGAUUUGUUCAGACAUGUGAAGUGUCACUGGAAAGAGAUUGGAUCAGACAAGGGACAAUUCAAGUGUCCGUUCAAGUAUGUUUCGGAUGGUAGUGCUACAAAUGAUCAACAGCCUAUUCAACCAGAUCAUUGUUGUCAUAAUACCGGGAUUUUUUCCCGUUGCGAUACCUUUAAGAAUCAUUUAAAGGCUAUCCAUUUCCAAUAUCCAAAUGGAACUAAGAAGGAUCAAAGAAUGAAAGUUAAUGGUAAAUGCAGAAUGUGCCAACAAGAGUUUUCUAAUGUUGACGAUUGGAUGUCUAAUCAUAUUGAGAAGAAUCAAUGUCCAUUUACUAUAAAUAUGAUUAAAAAGGUUUAGAAACGUUUUAUGAAAAAAUUGCGGGAGUUUUAUUUUUUGGUUUUAUUUCAUGAGUUUUUUUUUGGGAGUUUUCUAUAGAAAGUUGUUAUUAGUUUAAAAAAGUUUAGAAACAGUUUAUUAUUAUAGGAACAUUUGUAAAUUUCAAUAUAAAUAGUAUUUAGGU